GAGGCAAGGGGGGCAGGCAAACAGUAAAAAGGAGGAAAAUGGCUGAUGAGGCUGAGAUGAGCGGCGACGCUGACGACGGAAGUCGGAGGCUGCUAGUCCAAGGAGACGGCGGAGAUAUAUAGAGAAGGAGAGUGUGCGGAAAAUGCAAGGGCGAGAGAGUCGUCAUCGUCAAAGGGAGAGAUAGUGAAGAGCAUAGUGGAUGCAGGGCUUCAUGGCAUUUUCACUUGCUUUUCCCUCAUUGCUUCCAUCUCUGCUACCCAGAGGUCCUCUGUGGAUGUGCUGGUUCUGAGUUUUGCAAACCUUGUGGUAGGAGGAAUGUCAAUGGGGCUUGAUGAUUUUGUGUCUAGUAACACUGAAGAAGACAUGGCUCUGAAGGAGAAGGCAGUAAACGAGUGGGGUGUAACCAAGCAUGGAAGACCUCAACAGGAAGAGCUACUAAAACAAUACCAGGCACUCGGUGUGGACAAUGAUGAUGCCACCACGGUGGUGAACGUUUUUGCAAAGUACAAGGAUGUUUUAGUAGAUGAGAAGCUGACAGCCCAACAAGGGACACCACCGCCUGACCAAGCAAGAGAGAAGCCUUGGAUGAAUGGUGUUGUGACACUAGUGUCUUUUAUCACCUUUGGCACUGCACCACUCCUCUCUUUUGUCAUCCUUGUGCCUUUCACAGACAGUGAUAUGUUCGAGUUUGGUGGUGCUUGUGCUUUGUCUGCGCUUGCUCUUGCACUUCUUGGAGUGGCAAAAGCCAAGAUUGCUGGCCAGAACCCUGCACGCUCCGUGGCUAGUGUUCUUUUCAACGGUGCAGUUUCUGCCACAGCUGCUUAUUCUCUUGGGUGGAUUCUUAGGAAUGUAGCCGAACAUAAAGACUAAGUAUUAAGUAUAAACCUGAAGAGGGUAAACAAUGAGCUUCAUCCUCAGAAUCAACCAAAGCAGAGAACAGAGGGUUGGAUUUUGUUAAUAAAAACAUCCCCCAAUU